AUGUCGGGACAUCGGGAUGAAGACAACCUCCUCAACCUCAAAGACACAACCGAUAGAUCUGUUACCUCCUACGAUCCUACAAUUCGCCGUGCGUCCACCAUUAAGAUCGAAGCAGAUGAAAUUGUCAAUCUGAAGAGAAUCGCAUCCCAGCGCUCCCAGAAGUCUAAGCGUCGUUCCAGUGCAUACUCACGCAUUGUCUCUACCGCAGGAGAUGGGGACUCGUUCGGGAUCAUCAGCGACAAUGACCCUGCGAUCAAUCCACAAGCACCGGAGUUUGACUUAGAGAAAUGGCUGAAAUGGGUCAUUAAAGGCGCUCAAGACCAUGGAAUUAGCAGUUCGCGUGCUGGUAUUGUGUUCAAGAAUCUGAACGUGUCUGGGUCCGGGGCUGCGCUGCAGCUACAAGAAACGGUGACCUCCAUGUUCAGUAUACCGACACAGGUUGGGGAGAUGCUUCGACAGAGGAGAUCUCCGCCGAAACUGAUUCUAAAAGAUUUUAACGGACUGCUGGAAAGUGGACAGCUGUUGCUUGUCCUGGGCCGUCCGGGGGCUGGGUGCAGUACGUUCCUCAAAUCUCUGUGCGGAGAGGUGUAUGGCCUAGAGGUGGACAAAAGGAGCGUUCUGCAUUACAACGGAGUUCCUCAGUCCCGAAUGAUGAGGGAAUUCAAAGGAGAAGUAGUGUACAAUCAAGAAAUCGAUAAACAUUUCCCUCAUCUGAUGGUCGGACAAACGCUCGAAUUUGCAGCUGCUGCACGAAUGCCCUCCCAGAGGCUGCAAGGAGCGAGUCGCGAAGAGUCUGCCAAGUACAUGACGCAAGUUAUCAUGGCAGUCCUCGGAUUAAGCCAUACGUACAACACAAAGGUCGGGAGCGACUUCGUUCGAGGAGUGUCCGGGGGAGAGCGAAAGCGUGUUAGUAUUGCUGAAAUGGUUCUUGCCAAUGCACCGUUGGCUGCCUGGGAUAAUUCAACUCGAGGCUUGGAUUCUGCCACGGCUCUUAAGUUCGUCGAGUCCCUUCGACUAUUCGCAGACCUAACGGGAUCUGCUCAUGCUGUUGCUGUAUACCAAGCCAGUCAAGCAAUCUAUGAUACAUUCGACAAGGUGACCGUUUUGUACGAGGGACGGCAGAUCUUCUUCGGGUCCGCAGCCAAAGCAAAGUCUUUCUUUGAAGAGCAGGGUUGGGAAUGUCCCGCACGACAAACCACCGGAGACUUUUUGACUUCCGUCACCAACCCACAGGAGCGGCAGGCACGAGAAGGAAUGGAGACCAAGGUACCGCGAACGCCGCAAGAAUUCGAGAGCUACUGGCAUCAGUCCCGCGAGUAUCAUCAGCUCCAAGCUGAGAUCGCGCAAUACGAAAGCUCUCAUCCUAAUCCCGACGAUGAGACCGCUGGAGCUCAGUUUCACGAGCGGAAACGUCAAGCCCAAGCUCAGCAUACACGACCAGGUUCUCCAUAUCUAAUCAGCGUGCCCAUGCAGAUCAAGCUGACUACUAAACGGGCAUAUCAACGGUUAUGGAAUGAUAAAACGUCCACGAUUUCCACAAUUGUCAGCAACAUCGUCUUGGCUCUGAUCGUGGGUUCGGUAUUCUACGGAUCUCCGGACACAACCGCUGGCUUCACCUCCAAAGGGGCUAUGCUCUUCUAUGCCGUCCUUCUGAAUGCCCUAACGGCUAUGUCAGAGAUCAACACUCUGUAUUCACAGCGUCCCAUCAUUGAGAAACAUGCCUCCUACGCCUUCUAUCAUCCUGCUGCCGAGGCCGUCGCUGGAGUUGUCAGUGAUAUCCCUGUGAAAUUUGCCCUCGCUGUUGCCUUCAACACAACGAUGUAUUUCAUGUCGAACCUACGACGCGAGGCAUCUCAGUUCUUCAUUUACUUCCUUCACACUUUCGUUGUGAUGUUUGUCAUGAGCGCCGUCUUUCGCACUAUAGGAGCAGCCACCAAAACCAUAGCCCAAGCCAUGGGUAUCGCGGGAGUGAUGAUUUUAGCCUUGAUCGUCUACACAGGCUAUGUGUUACCGGUUCCAUCUAUGCACCCGUGGUUUGAGUGGAUUCACUGGAUCAAUCCCGUGUAUUACGCCUUUGAGGUCUUGAUUGCGAAUGAAUUCCAUGGCCGCGACUUUCCUUGCGCCCAGAUCGUGCCGCCAAACGCCAACCAAUCCAGCCAAUCUUUCACUUGCUCAUCGUCGGGAUCCGAAGCCGGCUCGCUCACUGUUAGUGGCGAUAGUUAUAUCCUGGCUAAUUAUAGUUAUAGUUAUAACCACGUAUGGCGCAACUUUGGAAUCCUGAUUGCGUUUCUCGUUGCGUUCAUGGCCAUUUUCUUCGUGGCAUCCGAGCUGAAUUCCUCCACUGCAAGCACGGCAGAAGCGCUAGUUUUUCGCCGCGGCCACGAGCCUGCUGCCCUGCGAAAAAGGCCUGGAAAAAGUGCAAAAGACGAGGAGACCUCAAUAGUGCUGGAGCCUGUCAAGUCUACCACAGAGGAACCCGAUACACGGGUCACCAUACCACCGCAGACGGACAUAUUCACCUGGCGUGAUGUAUGCUAUGACAUUGAAAUCAAAGGCGAGCCACGGCGACUACUCGAUCACGUCUCGGGGUGGGUGAAGCCCGGCACCUUGACCGCUCUAAUGGGAGUUAGUGGUGCUGGAAAAACAACACUGCUGGACGUGCUGGCUCAAAGGACCUCUAUGGGUGUCAUUACCGGUGAUAUGUUUGUGAACGGGCGGACUCCAGACGCCAGCUUUCAAAGAAAGACCGGAUAUGUCCAACAGCAAGAUUUACAUCUGGAUACCGCAACGGUCCGUGAGUCUCUCCGGUUCAGCGCCCUACUAAGACAGCCAGCAUCUGUAUCGACCAAGGAAAAGUACGAUUACGUUGAGGAAGUGAUCGCUAUGUUGAAUAUGGAGGAGUUUGCGGAGGCAGUCGUCGGCGUUCCCGGUCAGGGGUUGAAUGUUGAGCAACGGAAGCUGUUGACAAUUGGCGUUGAGCUGGCUGCGAAACCAAAAUUGCUUCUUUUCUUGGAUGAGCCCACAAGUGGCCUUGAUUCACAGAGUUCCUGGGCUAUAUGCUCCUUUCUCCGCAAGCUUGCACAUAGUGGGCAGGCAGUCCUUUGCACUAUUCACCAACCGAGUGCAAUGCUGUUUCAACAGUUCGAUCAGUUGCUGUUUCUUGUCAAAGGGGGAAAGACCGUGUAUUUUGGACCGAUCGGACCACAGUCUCGGACACUACUCGAUUACUUCCAGUCAAACGGCGCCCGCAACUGUGCAGAUGACGAGAACCCAGCAGAGUACAUGAUCGAAGUGGUCAAUCAAGGUGCUAAUUCCCAAGGUCAAAACUGGUUCGAUGUUUGGAAUCAGAGCAGCGAGAGCCGGGACAUCCAAGCGGAGAUCGAUCGGAUCCACACAGAGCAGGCGGCGAAACCACAGGAGAGCACGGAUGACCCUAUCGCGCAGUCUGAAUUCGCAGCGCCGUUGUGGAUGCAGCUCUAUGUUGUAACCGGCCGGACGUUUCAACAGUACUGGCGAAUGCCUGGGUACAUCAUUUCCAAAUGGGGCUUGGCUAUCAUGGCCGGACUGUUUAUUGGAUUCUCAUUCUACGAUGCCAAGCAGUCAUUGCAGGGCAUGCAGGUUUUGAUCUUCUCAUUGUUUAUGAUUUGCUCUAUUUUUGCGUCGGUCGUUCAGCAGGUGAUGCCCAUAUUUGUAACCCAGCGUGCUCUCUACGAGGUGCGCGAACGACCAAGCAAAGCGUAUUCAUGGAAAGCAUUCCUAAUCGCCAACAUCAUUGUCGAGAUUCCAUACCAAAUCCUGAGUGGUAUCCUCACUUUCGCUUGCUACUAUUAUGCCGUCGUAGGAGACGGCCAGACAUCUGACCGACAAGUCUUGGUGUUCCUGUUCUGUAUCCAAUAUUACAUCUACGCAAGUACAUUCGCGCACAUGAUCAUCGCGGCCAUCGAGGAUGCCGUCACGGGCAGUGCAAUUGUCGUUUUGCUCUUUUCCAUGUCCUUGACCUUCUGUGGUGUCAUGCAAGCGCCCUCGGCACUUCCCGGGUUCUGGAUAUUCAUGUACCGCGUCUCGCCGUUUACUUACUGGAUAGGCGGCAUGGCUGGGACACAAUUGCAUGGAAGAAAGGUGGUAUGCUCCACUGAGGAGCUCGCCAUAUUCGACCCACCUUCUGGUCAAACUUGCCAGCAGUAUUUGGGUGGUAUGCUUGAAGCUGCUGGGGGUCAGUUGAUGAAUCCGGAUGCGACUAAGGAGUGCAAUUAUUGCUCGUUGAGUGUUGCGGACGAGUACAUGGCUACUGUAGGGAUUUACUGGACUGACAGAUGGCGCAACUUUGGGUUGCUUUGGGUGUUUGUUGUGUUUAAUAUUUUCAUGGCUACGGUGCUGUAUUAUUUGUUUCGGAUCCGUCGAUGGAGUCCGGGCAUGCUUGUGGAGAGGUUUACAAAGAAGUGA